GAAAAUUCAAAAAAUUUUAAAUAAAAAUUUAUGGAUUUUAAAACGCAUUUUCGGAAAACUUUUUUCGGCAACAUAGAGCCAAGGGGUGAGGGCCUCCUUGAGAUGGAGGUAGGGGUGGAGGAGGGCAGCAUGCCCCUCAGGACGGAAGAGAAGGGGAGCAUGUCUCUUAGUCGGCAGGAGGAGGAGGAACUCCCGGCAGACACCGACAAUCGGCAGGAGAAGGAAGUCCUACUGGCAGGCACCGAAAGUCGGGAGGAGGGGAUGACCCUCUUCGAGAUGUACCUUCAGGAGAAUGUGGCCAUCCUCAAGACAGUCCUUCAGAAGGUGACUUCCCUUGAGGAAAAGGUGACAUCCCUUGAGGAGAAGAUAACUUCACUUGAGGAGAAGACAACCACCCACUUCAAGACCGCCCUGCAGAAGGCCACUUCCUUGGAGAAGAAGGUGACCAUGUUCUCUCAGACCUCGCUGGAGGACCCCAGCACCACCAUCCUGCAGGAGACGACGGACACACCUUGGAAUGAAAAUGGGGGGAAGCAAUUUUCCAAUACCCUUUUCUGUAGUAGGGAAAUGAACCUUCAGGAGGGCACUAACACCAAGGUUCUUCCUGACACAGACAUUCAGUACUCGAGCACCGACACCAAGGUUCUUCCUGACACAGACAUUCAGUACUCGAGCACCGACACCAAGGUUCUUCCUGACACAGACAUUCAGUACUCGAGCACCGACACCAAGGUUCUUCCUGACACAGACAUUCAGUACUCGAGCACCGACACCAAGAACCUCCCUGACCCUCGCAGCACAACCCUGAAGAGGAGGGGUUUCAAGGACUUUUUCAAGUGUAAUAAAAAGAAGUGCCCUAAGAAGAUGAACUCCGGUAAAGAAGUCCUCUCCGGGAUCUCUCACAAGAAGACAAAUCCUGACAGCACAACCCUGAACAAUGGUUCUCGGUUAAAACAGUUUUUCAAAAAGUAUUUUAAAGGAAAGAAGAAAGAAGAUACCGACGGUGGGCAGGAGGAGGAACUCCCGGCAGACACCGAAAGUCGGGAGGAGGAGGAAGAACUCCCGGCAGACACCGACUGUCGGCAGGAGGAAGAACAACUCCCGGCAGACACCGACUGUCGGCAGGAGGAAGAAGAACUCCCGGCAGACACCGACUGUCGGCAGGAGGAGGAAGUCGUCCUGGCAGACACCGACUGUCGGCAGGAGAAGGAAGAACUCCCGGCAGGCACCGGCAGUCGGCAGGAGGAAGUCCUCCCGGCAGACUCUGACAGUCGUGGUGGGCAGUGUCUGCUGAAAAGAACUCUCUCUUUCCAUUCCAUCUCCAUCUUCCUCUCCUCUCCGUUCCUUUGCUGUCGCAAAGGGGAGGGAAGGACCACCACUAAAGCCAACCCGACCGUCACUACUUGAGGGAUUGACAAGUGACAGUCGGCAGGAGGAAGCCCUCACUGACACUGUCAGGUACAUCCCUGAGGCUUCGUUUCAGAAUUUACAAGAAAGAGAAGGAACGCAUUCCAAUGAGAAAUGGCCAAGUUUGUUCAUGGUGGCCCCUCUGGACGAUUUUCCGAAUACUGUGAGGCAAAAUGUGGUUGUGUGUGAGUGUUGUAACAAGACUAAUGUCUGGCACAGUAGUUUUGAACAUACCAGUCAGCUCUGCCGUUUUUGUGAUAAUAUUAUUACUGCGCCCCCACAUAUUAAGCGUCAGGAGAGCCUCAUCAACGAAUAUACGAUAGUGACUGACACUACGGAGUGUGUUACCUACGCUCUCGUAGCUGAUGCUCAAAAUGCUUUCAUGAGAAAAAUGGUGAAAAAUAUCUUUCUGAGUUUUUUCUGCAAGAAAGGUAUAAAAAUAUACGUGGUUUUGUACAACAGUACAACUUGUAGCGUGUACGAUGAGUCUGAUAGAUUUGAGGGUUUUGUAGACAGGAUGUCAUCGACGACGGUGACUGGUAAGUGGACACACAAGGUUUCUACUUUAGUAAACGGAUAAUUCUGUUGGCUGUCUGAAGCCCUUAGAGUGGCAUCAGACAAAGUGCCACCCAUCACCGGUAAAAUCAUCGUACUUCAUGCUGGCAAAAGUAUGGUAAAAUCCGCUAAGAGGGUCUUGCAAAACUCGGAAAGAAUUAUUACCAUUGUUAACGUUGAUGGGCCCGAGAAAGUUUACCUCGAUGACAACACUGAGGCAGCGCUGUGUAAGUCAGGUGGGAUCAACCUUGGUGUGGAAUUCCAGGAUUCAGUAAUAUUUGUAAUUAUGAACGAGUUAGGUAUCCUGGAAGAUAUGGCUUAUGACGCCAAGUUAGAGAUUUGCAUGUCGGACGGAUGUCGAGUUCUCUAUCCACUUGGAGAGUCUUUGUCCUGCGGUACCAUGGAAGUUGCUAGUGACACUAGAAUUGUCAUGACCUUUCCAACUAUGCGCCCAGCAGACUGUUUAUACGUACGUUACAAAAAGGUUUUGCCAGAACCAAUUCACGUACACGUCCGUUUCAGCUACCUUGACGGGAGAGGGCACUUAGUUGAAAGAUCAUCAAUCUCCGAAGUCUACGCUGACAGUCAGGAGGAAGUCCUUCCUGACACUGUAAGUCAGGAUUGCGACGUGCCCUAGGCCUCACGCCAGAAGCCACAAGAAGAAAGAGGAGGAUCCCAUCCCAAUGAGAAUUUGCCAAGCGUUCAGAUAAUCUGAGCCAAAACGUGGUCGUCCUUUGACGUAUCGAGGUCCUUGUGGCACAGUGGCCCCUGAUGCAUCAAGGACCCUGGCGCAGUAUCGUAUCGCUGGGCGGCAUCAAGGAACCUUGUUAUCUACUAGGCUGCAUCAGGGAACCCUGUUAUCCAAUGGGCGGCAUCGGGGGGACCCUGUUAUUCACUGGGCCGCAUCAGGAGGACCCUGUCAUCCCCUGGGCCGCAUCAGAGGACCCUGUUAUACACUGGGCCGCAUCAGGAGACCCUGUUAUACACUGGGCGGCAUCGGGGGACCCUGAUAUACACUGGGCGGCAUCAGGGGGACCCUGUUAUCCACUGGGUGGCAUCACAGGGACCCUGUUAUCCACUGGGCGGCAUCAGGGGGACCCUGUUAUCCACUGGGCUGCAUCAGGGGGACCUUGUUAUCCACUAGUAAUUCAGUGGUGAUUGCUAAAGCAGAUACUAAGUGUACUAGGGACUGGAAAAGAGAAAUAAAUAUUAUUGUAUAUGAGUAAAAGAGCGAAGAGUGAAAAUGGCAGGCAUUAGGGGGGUACAGGCUGCCAUAAUUAUAUUUAUCUUU